AUGGAACAGCUCCGUCAGGUCGGCGAGGCCCUGGGCGGCAUCACGGCGCUCAUGGCGUUCCACCACGAGCUCCGCGUGAACCCGCGCCAAUGCCGCCUCCUCGCCGACGCCUGCGCGCUCGCCUUCGACGCCGUGGCCGCCGAGGUGAGCGCCCACCUCCGCCUUGAGGACAGAUGGAGGCCCCUCGAGCACCCUCUCCGUGAGCUCCACCGCGCCGUCCGCGACGCCGAGCUCUACAUCCGCCACUGCCUCCUCGGAGGCGCCGGCGCAUCGUGGUGGGCGCGCGUGGCCGCGGCCACGCAUGGCGACGAGUGCGUCGAGCACCACCUCCAUGCCAUCCUCUGGUGCGUCGCCGUCGUCCUUGAGGCCAUCGAGACCGCCGCCACGGAGACCACGGCAUCCUCGUGCGACGACGAUCUUGCCCGGAGCAGCCGGCUGAUGUUCGCCAGGGAUUACGACAAGGAGCUCCUCGACCCGGCCCUGUUCCGGCGAAGCAGAGUCGGGAAAGCCUACAUGGCCACCAAGGACCUCGCUGCCAGGAUGGACAUGGCGUGGAAGGAGGACCGCUGGCUCCUCUCGCAGCUGCUCGACGAAAUGAAGCACGGCAGCUCGGCAUCUUCUUCUUCCUCGAAGCCGUUGUCCCGGCACGAGCACCGGCUGGCCGACCUCCUCGCCGCGCCACACGGGAAGCUGCACCCGGCGUCGGUGCUCGCCCACGACUUCCACGUGCGGCGCCGCCUCGGAGGCUGCCUGAAGGAGGCGCAUUGGAUGGGGGAGCCAUUCGCCGUGAAGCACUACGUCGGCAUCGACGCCGACGCGGCGGACGCCGAGGCCGGCACGCUCAUGGCGGCCGCGGCGCACCCGAACGUGGCGGGAUGCCGGUUCUGCUUCCAAGACGAGGAGAAGCGGGAGCUGUUCGUCGUCAUGGACGACCAGCUGAUGACAAAAGAUCUCGGAAGCUACGUCAAGGAGCAGGUCAGCAAGCGGCGGGCCACGCCGAUGCCGCUGGUCGUCGUCGUGGACGCCAUGCUCCAGAUCGCGCGCGGCAUGGAGCACCUCCACGCCAAGAAGAUCUUCCAUGGCGAGCUCAGCCCGGCCAACGUGCUCGUCAAGCCACGGCACGGCAAUUCCGCCGACGCCGGCUACCUGCUCGUCAAGGUCGCUGGCUUUAACCGUGAGCCCGCCGUGCCUGCCAGCCCCACCCGGAAGACAUCGGCGCCGGCCAACAAUGCCAAUGCCAAUGCCAGUGUCAACCCGUGCAUCUGGUACGCGCCGGAGGUGCUGGAGCAGGAGACGGAGAAGCGCACGGAGAAGGCGGACGUGUACAGCUUCGCCAUGAUCUGCUUCGAGCUGAUCACAGGGAAGAUUCCCUUCGAGGACCAUCACCUGCAAGGGGAGCACAUGAGCAAGAACAUCCGCGCGGGCGAGCGGCCGCUGUUCCCGUUUAAUUCGCACAAGCAGCUCACGGGGCUCACGAGGCGCUGCUGGCAAGCCGACCCGGCGCAGCGGCCGGCAUUCGGCUCCAUCUGCCGCGUGCUCCGCUACGUCAAGCGGUUCCUCGUCAUGAACCCGCAGCCGGACCAGCAGCAGCAGCCUGACUCGCCGACAAUGCCGAUGCCGAUGCCGGCGGUGGACUACCUCGACAUUGAGGCGCUGCUGCUGAGGAAGUUCCCGGCGUGGGAGGGCGCGGCGCCGAGGGUGGCUGACGUGCCGUUCCAGAUGUACGCGUACAGGGUGAUGGAGAAGGACAGGAGCAGCAGCUUCUCUGCAGGGUCGCCGCAGAAGUCCAAGUCGAUGGUGAUCCGGGCGCCGGCGCAGCCAAGCACGCCCCGACGGACUCCGAGGAUAAAGUCCGACGGGCAGCUGCAGGCAGCUCUAAUUCCGCCCUCCCGACGGCGUGUGUCCAGUGGGCAUGCUUCAGACUCCGAAUUAGCGUAGGAAAAUGCAAAUGAAAGACUACAUGUUUCAUCACUUGAUGUCGUUCUUAUUUUUCUCCAGUCAGCAGACAAAGAUCUUAGAUACAUACGGAUCACUCUAAUAAAUGAAAUCAAGCUUAUGAUUUCAGAAAUUGGUGACGAGUUGCAUUUCAGUACCAAACAAACGAGUCUUUUUUUUUUGACGGGGAAACAAACGAGUCUUCGAUGUUCCAUCCGUAGACAAAUACAUCAGGCAAAGGAACAGAAAUGCAUCUCAAGAUAAUACUCAUGAUUUGUGCCAAAUUGAACAUGUAAUGGAUAUUAGACACAAUCUCAGUCCAACAAAAGGAUAGGAAAAUCACGAAAAUGAACUAUUAGCAGCACACAGCAUAUGCUGAUUAUGUUUCAAUCUCAAUACAUCAUAAAUGCUUACUGAAUAAGACUUUAUGAGUUAGGCAAAUGCUUAAUGCUUUACAGCCACCUUAUUAUUUCCC